AGAGACCCGGGUAUUGGCGAGUCAACGUGCGUAGGUGAUGCAUCCACUCAAGUUCCAGAGCGCUGAUGAGCGGGAACGAAAUUAGGCGCGAAGCUAACCACAUUUAACCAAAACCAAAAGCUGGGGUCUACAAAUUUACGAGCAGGAGUGUGGCGUUCACAAUGCUUGGAGCAGGGCUGUGCAUCGUUUGAUCGCUACGGGGGCUGGAGACAGUACGCCCUUGGUGUUUUGCAUUUUGGGGCUCCAAUAGGAACUUGGCGGAGAAACGUCCUGGUUAAACGAAGAAACCCCAUUUGCGCUUAUCAGCGAAGUCGAGGCGUAUCGACUAGACCAGUGAUUGUGCGGGCUGUUAUCCCUGAUGAUACCCGACACCCCGCUUCGUAUCUAAGCCACCGGAUAUCGUGAAAGCCGGAUCAUUGUUUAACAAUAUAUGUAUCUGCAUUAGAUCAAUACCAGUGAGAGCUCGGCCAGAUUCAUCUACUCUUUAAUCACAAGAAUGGCGCCUCAAACCUUUGCGGAUAUUUCAGAGCAUCAAAGCCAUGCGCAGGAGAUCAAGAAGACAUCCGACUCUACUACGGGUGAGGUGGAGACGAUGAAGGUUGAAGACCCUGAAGCACUCGAAAUCUUCCAGAGGAAUGUCGAUGGCGUUGAGUUCAGGACCGUCAGCUGGCAGCGAGCCGUUGUGGUCUUUCUCAAGAUCAAUUUCGCAAUGAGUAUCCUGAGUACUCCGAAUGCCAUUGCAACGCUCGGAGCAGUGGGUGGAGGUCUAUCUCUUGCAGCAUGGGUCGCUCUAAAUACAUAUACCGCCGUCCUCUUGGGCGUCUUCCGCAACAAUCAUCCAGAAUGCCACAUGCUGGCUGACAUGAUGGGCUUUCUCUGGGGACGCGUCGGCCGCGAACUGGUUGGAGCUCAGAUCAUCGUCGCCCAGAUUCUGAUCUCAGCUGGAGGCAUUGUGUCCACUUCAACUGCCUUGAAUGCAUUGUCGGAACAUGGAGCUUGCACUGUAGUGUUUGCUCUCGUGUCUGCGAUCAUGAUCACAAUAUGCUCCUCUAUCCGCACAUUUUCCCGACUUGGUUGGCUGACCUGGUUCGGCUUUUCCACCUUUGUCGCCGCAAUCUUCAUUUUCACUGUCGCUGUUGCGCGUCAAGACCGCCCUGCUGCGGCGCCACCAAGUGGUGAUUUUGAUCUUGGCUUCGUAGCUAUUGCGUACCCUACCUUUGUCGUCGGCAUGGUAUCAACAGCCAACCUUUUCAUCGCUGCAAGCGGCUCCUCGAUGUUUCUUCCUGUUAUCUCGGAAAUGCGCAACCCCAGAGAGUAUCGUAAAGCAGUCCUUUGGGCUGGUGUCCUUGUCGGCAUCUUGUAUGUCGUCUUCUCCAUGGUCAUAUACCGAUACUGUGGCAUCUGGCUCUCGGUUCCCGCACUCGAUUCUGCCGGUCCCCUCUUCAAGAAGAUAUCCUACGGUUUCUUGUUGCCUGGGUUGAUCAUAGGUGUCGGUAUCUACCAACAUGUCGCGGCGAAAUACGUUUUUGUCCGGUUGCUCCGAGACUCAAAGCACCUACAGGCGAACACUGUCGUUCACUGGUCGACGUGGCUCGGCAUCAAUGUUAUCCUCGGCAUACUUGGUUUCGUCAUUGCGCAGUCUGUUCCCAUCCUGAACUUCUUGCUCGGACUGGCCGGGUCGCUGUGUUUCGCGCCGUUCAGCCUCGUCUAUCCGACGCUGUUGUGGAUGUAUGAUUUCAGAGCUUACAGAUCUGGGACACUGGGACAGAAAGCGAGGUUUGGAUUCCACGCACUCAUCUGCCUUCUUGGCCUGUACAUGAUCGUUGGUGGAACGUAUUCUGUCGCUGUUUCGAUCCGGGACGCAUUCGCAUCUGGGUUCAUUGCCAGGACCUUCGAUUGUGCUGAUAACUCCAAUUCUGCUGCGUGAGCUGGUUAAUUCCCGCAACAAGAAGGGUCGCAUCACCGUGUAUAUACUCAGUGGCUGGCUGCCCUGUACAAAUUCGUAGCAUCAUUCUUCUUGACUUGGAGGUACAUCUAUCUGUCUUUUACGUGAUUGUGGGUAGACGCUGGCUUCGUUGUGGCGAAUGCAAGGUGAUCACGCUAGGCCGUCCGCGGCGAGCCGGGGACGUCGGAUUGCUUUCCCCGCCUUUCCGCUGCCCCAC